AUGGCGAGAUCUGUUAAUGGUUCAAGUGUUAAAAGCAAUGAUAAAGCUCGGAAGAAGAAAGAAACCGGUAACACUCUGAGUGGUUCAGCUGCUGUGAAAAAGGUUUCUCCUGGCUUAAGAAAUGAGAAGUCAAGUGCUGCUAUAGAGAUUAGAGCCGAUGGCGGAAGUUCUAAGGUUUGUGCUCCAAAGAAUAAGGAGAAAGCGAAGAUUCAGACAAUUAGCGGUGAAGAUGUCAAAGAGAAGACAGUGUGUGUUGUUGAAUCAAGCGUUCAAGGUGUUCGUAGCGAGAAGCAGCCAUUGUCUGAGAAGAAAAGUGGACAUAAAAGCUUGACUACUACUCCUAAACGUGGUUCCGCAAAUCAGAGUCCUACAAGGCAGAUUCCUGGUAGUAUCAGUACUGGUUUGAAUAUGAAGAAAGAAAGUGGUUCUGCAGAACUUGAAGCAAAUCCAAAACCGGAGAAGAAGAUUAGGCCGAAGAGGACAGGAGUAAAGGUGACUCAAGCGAAGCAGCUGAGUUUCAAGAGAGGGAAGGUUCUUGAACCUAAACCAGAGGAUUCUUCUUCUCCGACAUGGAUCAAGUUCAAAAAGAGAGUUGUGCAGGAACAGAAAACCGAAACCGAAGGAAAGAAGAAGAAUCUGAAAGUUCUUGAGACGAAAAGCGAUGCUUGUGAAAGUAGUAAACGUGAGAAGGUUGUUUUAAGGCAUCGAAAAGUAGAAGGGAAGAAGAAAAUGAUUACAUUGUUUAACAAUGUGAUCGAGGAGGCAAUGAAUAAGUUGACAAAAGUGAGGAAAAGCAAAGUGAAAGCUCUUGUUGGUGCUUUUGAAACUGUUAUCUCUCUUCAAGAAACUACUAAGACAUCUCAGAAACCACAGAGCAAGGCCACAACAUCUGCGUCUAAGGUUAGUCCCGAACAGUGA